UGUAGCGGCAGUUUGUCCCUGCCGCUGCUGAUGGAGAAGCAGUGCUAGUUAGCAGGUUUGGAUUAGCGGCGCUGAGGACAUUUCAUUUAAGCUAAUACAGAUAAAAUACUUAUAUGUCCCGGGCGGAGUUUAUCUUCCUUUAAUCGGAAAUGUUUUCUCUUUCGUCCACCGUACAACCCCAGGUAACAGUUCCACUGAGUCACCUCAUCAAUGCCCUGCACUCUUUGAAGGGUUCGGUGGGCUGCAGCAGCUCAGUGAAGCCUCAGCACAGAGAAAAUGCUCAAGAACAAGACCCACACAUCACAGAGCCCUCAUGGAACCUCAGGGACCUUGGAUUGACAGAUCUGGGCGUAGGUCAACUGGAUGAGCUUGUGGACAGACUGUUGCCGUAUGUGACGCAGAAGGUGUUGUCACCACCCUCUAGAGCAGAAUCAAACCACUGGAAGGCCUCCUACCUUUCCACUGACUCCUUCUUUCACAACAAAUAUGGUUUCUCGGUUGCUAAGAUGGGUGGUAUUUCACCUGUUUUUUGCAGAAAGAGCCCUUCCCCUCUGCAGGCAGUGUGUACAGAUUUAAAGUUCUGGCCAGUAUGGGUCCAAAAUCGAGGAUUUAAAACCUUGAAGUCCAAAACAAGGCGCCUUCAGGGUGGUUUUGACCGCUCAGUGGACACUGAUGCAUUCACCCCAUCUUUUAUGAAGGGAUUUCUUACACGGGACAAAGGGCAAGAUGUGGAGACCUUAGACAAGCUUUUGAAAGUCAAAAACAUUCCUGACGGCCAUCACGAUGCUUUCAAGACUGGUUUUGCCGAGGGCUUCUUGAAAGCUCAGGCUCUUAGUCAGAGAACACAAGAAUCGUUGAGGAGGACACGGCUGAUCUUGUUGGUCCUGUUGCUGGUGGGAUUGUAUGGAUUGUCCAAAACACCAUUUCUAUCGGUGCGAUUCCGAACCACAUCAGGCCUGGAUUCGGCGGUGGACCCUGUCCAAAUGAAAAAUGUCACUUUCGAGCAUGUCAAAGGUGUGGAGGAGGCCAAGAACGAGCUGCAGGAAGUAGUGGCAUUCCUCAGGAACCCACAGAAGUUCACUGUCCUGGGAGGCAAGCUGCCCAAAGGAAUCUUGCUGGUGGGACCUCCAGGAACAGGGAAAACUCUGCUGGCUCGGGCUGUGGCAGGGGAGGCCGAUGUGCCUUUCUACUAUGCCUCCGGAUCAGAGUUUGAUGAGAUGUUUGUUGGGGUUGGUGCUAGCCGGAUCAGGAACCUUUUUCGUGAGGCUAAAGCAAAUGCCCCCUGUGUGAUCUUCAUUGAUGAACUGGACAGCGUGGGGGGAAAGAGGAUUGAGUCACCGAUGCACCCUUAUUCUAGGCAGACCAUUAACCAACUUCUGGCUGAGAUGGACGGGUUUAAACCAAAUGAAGGUGUCAUCAUUAUUGGUGCUACAAACUUCCCUGAAGCUUUGGAUAAUGCUCUCAUCCGCCCGGGGCGGUUUGAUAUGCAAGUCACUGUACCCAAACCGGACGUGAAGGGACGUACAGAGAUCCUCAAAUGGUACCUCAAAAAAAUCAAAGUAGAUCCAGUUGUGGAGGCUGAGAUCAUUGCCAGAGGAACAGUGGGGUUCUCUGGAGCUGACCUGGAGAACCUGGUAAACCAAGCUGCCCUGAAAGCUGCUGUGGAUGGCAAGGACAUGGUGACCAUGAAGGAGCUGGAGUUUGCCAAGGACAAGAUCCUAAUGGGCCCGGAGCGCCGAAGUGCCGAGAUAGACAAAAAGAACAAAGUGAUCACAGCCUACCACGAGUCGGGCCAUGCUAUCAUUGCAUAUUACACCAAAGACGCCAUGCCCAUCAACAAGGCAACCAUUAUGCCAAGAGGACCCACUUUGGGUCAUGUCUCUAUGCUGCCAGAGAAUGACCGCUGGAGUGAAACCAGAGCUCAAUUGCUGGCACAGAUGGACGUCAGCAUGGGUGGCCGAGUGGCAGAGGAGCUCAUCUUUGGAAAUGAGAACAUUACCACAGGUGCAUCAAGUGAUUUUGACAGCGCUACAAAAAUAGCCGAAUUGAUGGUGACAAGGUUCGGCAUGAGUGACAAGUUGGGUGUCAUGACUUACACUGAUAUCGCCAAGCAGAGCCCAGAAACACAGGCAGCCAUUGAACAGGAAGUCAGGACGCUUUUGAGAGAUUCAUACGAGCGGGCUAAAACGCUCCUGAAGUCUCGUGCGAAAGAGCACAAAAACUUGGCAGAGGCUUUGCUGAGAUACGAGACGCUGGACGCCAAAGAGAUCCAGAUGGUCUUGGAGGGGAAGACGUUAGAAAGCAGAUGAGAGACUUGCAUAGUAUGAAAACUCACAAAUGUACAUA